AUGAACAUGCUCUUCACGUGGGACACCACGAAUCUCUGCAUCGUCUUUCGUGGCUGGCGCAUUGACGGCACCGGCUCCCUUAUCUUCUCUCUUCUCGCGAUUGUUAUGCUCACGGCGGGCUACGAGGCGAUUCGCGAGGCGUCGAGACGGUAUGAGCUGUACGCGAGUAGGGUGGCAGAGGGCAGGAGAGGCGCAGAAGACUUGAGAGAGGUUCCAACUUGUUACGAAAAGACGACCACAUGGCUAGUUCUUCGAAGGCGCAUGUUUGAAUUUCUGCACCCCAUCAAUGCGAGAGAAAGACAUGAGAUGCAGACAGGCCAUAUUUUCUUGCCAUGUCGUCUUCUGGAACAGAAGCUGAACCCAGCGCGCGAAGAUGCUGCAGAUGAAUCGAGCUCAUUACUUGGCCCAGGGAGAAACGUAGGAAGGGACUCGGAGCAGCAGAUGAAGAUUGUGAAAGCGAUCUUGUAUGCGGUGCAGGUGUUCUACUCGUUCUUUAUCAUGUUGUUGUUCAUGACAUACAACGGUUGGAUCAUGCUGGCUGUUGCUGUGGGAGCUUUUGUCGGCUACUUGAUGUUCAGCAAUUCAUCGCCGACCAAGUCGGCUGCUUGUCACUGA